AUGGCAGUGGGUAACACCAGGUCAUUGACCCUCUUGGUCAGAAACGCAACCCGUGCACACUUGUUCUCUGUGUACACAUGUACAGUGGAUAAUACAUUGCUAUCUCCGCCACAAAGGGUCUCCGUGCGUGUAGAUCUGUAUUUGCGGCCACUGUCAGUCGAAAUCUUAUUGAGGGAACAACCAUUAUCAGUGGGAAGACAAGCCGAGCUUUGGUGCAAGUCAACCGGUGCAAGACCUCCAGCAGUGGUCACUUGGUGGCUAGAUGGCAAGGAACUUGAAUCUAUAAUUAAACAACAGAAUUUGGAAGAAAGAAACGAGACUCAGUCCCUGUUGAAAUGGACACCUUCAAAGGAACAAAACGGAAAAAUACUCACGUGUAGAGCAGAACAUUCCAAGUUCAAUAGUUCAACGAUUGAGAGCAAAUUGCUCCUUAAUAUUUAUUAUGUGCCGGUGGCUACAAUGCACCUUGGCGCGAAAAUGAACCCGAACGAUAUUGAAGAAGGAGACGAUGUGUACUUCGGAUGUGAAGUUGAUGCCAAUCCCCCUGCUUAUAAAGUUGUAUGGGAACAUAACGGUAUUCUGCUACAACACAAUCCUGCCAACGGAGUGAUUCUAACUGGCAACACGAAUCUUGCACUACGUAAUGUGUCACGACACCAGGCCGGCAACUAUACCUGCACUGCGUCGAACGUCGAAGGAGAUGGAAAGUCACUUCCCGUGCGAAUGAGUAUCGUUUAUAAACCUAUAUGUCGAUCGAAAGAUAUGAUAAUAAUAGGUGCAGCUUUACAAGAACCAUCAAAGGUGGAAUGCGAGGUGGAUGCUUUCCCUCCCCCGGACACGUUUGAGUGGACACUUAAUAAUUCUGCAGGCUCAAUAAAGGUUAACCCUGAACUCUUUAACGUCAAUGGUCAAGCCGGAAAAUCAGAGUUAACGUUUGUCCCUGUAUCUGACAAGGAUUACGGAAAGUUGUCUUGUCGUGCAACAAAUCUUGCAGGACAACAAUUGUUGCCAUGCGUGUACACUAUACUGCCUGCAACUAGACCUGACCCACCCUCUAACUGUUCAGUAUAUAAUCUAACUGAUGAUUCGCUGGAUUUUACUUGUCUUGCGGGGUACGAUGGUGGCCUUCAAUGUAUCUACAUAGCAGAAGUCUGGGCCAGUGAAGGUUUAGUAACAAAUUUAACAAAUGUUGCUACAGUUUGGAAUCUUAGAGGACUUGGAGCUAAAAGACAUUUAAACAUUGUGGUAUAUGCUGCAAACACAAGAGGGAGGUCUGAACAUGUCACAUUAACAGUAGAAACUGCCCCGCAAUUAUCUCCUAGAACGGAAGCGCAAGAGGCAUGGGAAGUCAACUGGGCUGUCGGUGGUGUUCUUGGCGCUGCAUUUACUAUCGCAUUCAUACUAUGUCUUGCACUUAUUGCUUCAAGAUUACGACACACUGCUAGAGAUUACGGAGUGACAGUACAAUCAACGAAGAAACAAGAGGUGAUUCUACAGAAAAGGUGCUCGCUGGACGAUCGUAAUCCGGAUCUCAUCCCUCUCAGUAAAAAGAGAUGGUAUAAGUAA